UUAAACCAAAUGAUCGAGAUUUCUACAAUCAGCCAGAAUUCAUGAAAACAAAAUACUUCUGCUUGAAGAGAAGCAAAUAUGCGACAAAUGAAAUCCAGACGUCCAAGUACAACGUCAUCACCUUCCUGCCACUCAACUUGUUUGAACAGUUCAGGAGAAUCGCCAACGCGUAUUUCCUGCUUCUACUGAUUAUACAGCUGAUUCCUCAAAUAUCCACAGUCUCGUGGUACACGACCUUAAUCCCUCUCGUGAUCGUUCUUGGAAUCACAGCAAUCAAAGAUCUUGCAGAUGACAUUUCUCGUCACAAGAUGGACAAUGAGAUAAAUAACCGAUCGAGUGAUGUUAUAAAAGAGGGAAGCUUUCAAAAGACCAAAUGGAAGGAUAUUCAUGUGGGAGACAUUGUACGAAUUAAAAAAGAUGAGUUUAUUCCGGCGGACAUGCUGCUCCUCUCCAGUUCUGAACCUAACAGUUUGUGCUACGUAGAAACAGCAGAGCUCGAUGGUGAAACAAACUUGAAGUUUAAGAUGUCCCUUGAAGUAACAGAUACAUUUCUCCAAGAAGAGCAUGAACUUUCAAAAUUUGAAGGGAUGGUUGAAUGUGAGGAACCAAAUAACCGCUUGGAUAAGUUUGUGGGCACAUUAAUCUGGAGAGGAUCAAGUUGUGGAAUUGAUAAUGAUAACAUUUUACUUAGAGGCUGCAAAAUCCGCAACACACUCUACUGCCAUGGCCUAGUCAUAUUUGCAGGUCCGGACAGUAAAAUUAUGAGAAACAGUGGAAGAUCGACUCUGAAAAGAACGAAAAUCGAUCAUCUCAUGAAUGGAAUGGUGUACAUGAUAUUUCUCCUACUGAUCCUGAGCGCUGCUGGUUUAGCCAUCGGUGAGACAUUUUGGGAGAGUAAUGUAAACAGUGGAAACACAUCUUGGUAUCUGAAUGAUGGGAAUGACUACUCGCCAAACUACCGGGGAUUUCUGGGCUUCUGGGGAUAUAUAAUUGUUCUGAACACAAUGGUACCAAUAUCCCUCUACGUAAG